UUGCAAUGAGAUUUGUAAAGCGUAUCUACAAUUUCUCACGAGGACCAGUGUGUGUACAGAGGGCGAAAUCACAAUACCAUAACACAUUGCGACUAGUUGUGUGGAGAAAGGCUGAAAAAUUGCACCAAAAUAUCAACUUAGCUUAGAAAGAGCUAGCCAAAAUAGCACACAGCAAUAUCUACUCAAGCGAACGCAAAACUUAUCGAAAUAAGAGCAGACUCAGAGGCUUAAAAAUAAGUUCAGCUCGAACACAAAGAGCAAGCAAUCAGUUCAGAGAGCGACGAGCAGUUUACGGGUUUUCGAAUAGUAUCGCCAACAUUUAGUACGUCGAAAGCCAAGCAAGCAUGCAGAGAGACGGCAGCUCGCUGGACACUAGUGUAAAAUAUUUUGAUUUUGCUUCCAAGCAAGCGACUAGCAUUAUUUAAGAUGUUACCAGCGUGAUUGUCAACGCGCGAAUGCCAAAAGAUCGCUGCAGCAUCAAUGCGAAGAGUCAAAAGUAGCAAUGAGAAACCUGGUAGGAGCACAGCGGCUUCAGUGAGUGAGAGUUAAUAAACGAACAAAGUGAGAGAGGGCAUACGAGAGAGUAAAUUUGGUUGUAAUUUUCACGUUUUAAGCUCCGAGCAGAACCAGAGAGAGAGAGAGAGAGAAUGCGUGUGCUGAAGCAUUUGCAGCUAGGAGUUAUCGCGCUGGAAUUUCAUGGCUAAUAAGUGCAUUCAAACGCAUAUGUUACAGCAGCGCUUAACACACGCUGGAAUUCAUUAAUGCAGCAACAACAACAAUAAUGAUAACAACGCUAUUGAUAAACAAUUUCAUUAUUAGUGAGACUGCUGCAGUCGAUUUUAACUACGAACUUUUGGAUACAGACCAGCUGUGGCGCGCAUGCGCAGCAUCUGCAUUGCAAAUUUCAACGCUUCGACUUAAACAAGUGUAACGAACGACGUGUAUCGUCGCGUACAGCGUGCUCAAACCAACAACAACACACCAUAUAUGGUGAUGAAAGGUGGUGUGUUAUAUUUUUUAAUAGUUUUUUUCUUUAUUUUUUAUUGUUUUUUUUAUUACUUUGUGUUAUUUAAUAAUCGAAAAUUUGACAUCGAUGAAAUAUGAAUAAACGAAUAUGUUUUCUGCAGCGCGGCAUUAAUUAAUCCGUUGGAUAAUAAUGACUCAAACAUAUGUGCAUGCAUAUAAAUGGGACAGGUGGAAAUCAAUAAGAUAGUUAGCAACGAGUGGACAGUGUGCGCUUCAACAGCUAAGCGUCAGCGGCCUCAUUAGCGCCUUUUGUCGCAACUAUUUGUUGUUGUUUUUAUAUCUUUUUCGGAAAUUUUAUUGCUCAUAAUUUGUUGCAUUUGAAUAUUAUCAACAGAAUAUUUAGAAAGCGUUUGAUUAGUUGGAGAUUUGUAUGCAUAAAAUAUUCCGAAUUUAUUUAUGGUCGUCAAGCUGGUUGGACCAGCGCGUCACAAGCGAAAGUGAGAGUGAAGUGCAGUGAAGGUGUUUCAGUGGCGCAGAAAUAAGCAGUGGCCGCGGUGAAAUGUAACGCGCGUCGCAGUCAGCUGGAACGGAAAAGAUACAAUAAUAUAAUCUAUACAAGUUAGCCAGUCGGCUAGCCUGAUUCAAAUAAGCUACAGUUAAAGACUAGUAGGCGCGCAGGCGCUUGUGUUGUUGUAACACUAAACUUGUUUUUGUGUGUUACUUACGUAACGCGUGUGUUGUGUCUUCCGUGCAUUUGUUUAUUAUUGACUUAAAAUUUUGGUAACAAUUUGAUAAGCAAACGUUGUAUAGUAAUCAGUUGCAAGCGCAUUGUUAUACAACAACAAAUGUUAUAAAAAAUAAUAUAUUACAACAACAAAUAUUAUAAAAAAUAUAAUCUCUUACAACAACAAUAAUUAUAAACACGGCAAGUUUUCAAGUUGCUGUGUAAAAAUUUCUACUGCGUUAGAUGCCUUAGUUGUAGCCAACGAACCCUGUUAUUAAUUUGAAUUCCGAGCGUCGAAUGUAAAGUGGUCAAGUGCGUCGCAUUACCGCGUUGCUGUUUGCGGGAGCGCUGACUUUGUCUUGAGCAGCAUUUUCGCUACGAAACGCAGCGAGUGGAGCGCAUUCCGCGUAUGCCGGUCUAACGGCCAGUCACACAUUUAAACAGUCAGCCAUCAAAAGCGUCAGAAAAUUUCAAAAAAGUCAUUACUUCAUCAUAAAAAAAUAUUAAAAGUAGUAAUAUAAUUAGUUAUAAAUAUAAAUAAUAAUAAAAAAUAAUUUUAAUAACAAAAAAUAAAGUAAUCUAAUGUAAAAUAAAAAAUUAAAAUUAAAACUUAAACUAAACGUGAAUUCUUCAGUGCAAUAUUUUUAAGAAAAAACAAUAAAAAAAAAUUGAUUCGCCAUAAUGUCACGCGUUUCGAUCUUAUUCAUACUCUUAUCACUGGUCAUUAUCAACUACGGCGACAGCAAUCACAGCAGCAACAGCAACAACAACAACAAUAAUUAUAGUAGAAUUCAUACAUUUCCACAGCCAUACAGCAGCGCUAACAGCACGAAAAUCGUAAAUCAUCCUGUUUCUGGUUUAACAAGUGCAGUCAACAAUGGUAAAGAAACACGCGCACUACUACAACAGCAACAGCAAACAUCUCAUCAUCAUCAGCAGCAACAACAGACUGCGCAGCGCGACAAAAGAGCAACUGCCGACUUUCAGUUGGACGAAGCGGAAAUCGCACGGCAAAAUCAAAUAACACAACAAAUAUUCGCCAAAUAUUUAGAGCGACGGCUUUUCCCCAAUCGCAGCACAAACGAACGCAUACCGACGAUUUCGGAAAUACUACCCAAACCAUCCUCCUCUACGACGCCACGGCCACGACCGCGCGGCUUCUCCUCCGCGAGAGAUUUUCACAAUUUUCGACGUGGUGUUGACACUCAGAAAACGAGCGGUCGUAAAAGACAUGGCAACGCUAAUCAAAAGCAAAGACAACGACAAAGAGGCGGCAGUAACAGUGGUGGGGCACAUCGCCAGCAAUUAGUUGUUGAACCUGAAGAGGAGGAAGAACAAGACGCAGAACCAACGGUACAAAAGAGUACCGAGUAUUAUACGGAUAUCAAUGCCGAAGCCGAUGAAGUGACCGAUGAUGGUCAAGAGUCACUGCAAAGUGUCGAGUCCGAGCAACACGAUCACUACUACAGCGAUGUGUUUAAUCGUGAUCCCAGCGAAAAUGAAAUUGACAGCGAUUGUCCGAACUGUGUGGACGAGUCUCAAUACAAUAACAAAUGGACAAUGCCUUUGCUCAAACUGGGCGAGAAGCGUUACUACCUCGGCAUCUUCUUCAAGGCGAAUUGGUUCAAAGCAUCACAAUAUUGCCGGUAUCACGGCAUGCACUUAGCAAGUAUUGCAUCACAAGAAGAGAAUGACAGACUGGAAAAACACAUACGCGACUUUGCAGGUUUGGGUCACGAACACUUCUGGACAUCUGGCACUGACUUGGCCGACGAGGGCAGCUACUUUUGGAUGGCCAAUGGCCGGCCCAUUACAUUUACGAAUUGGAAUGCUGGUGAACCGAAUAAUUUCCGUUAUGAGAAUGGUGAAGAGGAGAAUUGCAUGGAGUUGUGGAAUCGUGAUGGCAAGGGUCUGAAGUGGAAUGACUCGCCGUGUAGUUUUGAAACAUAUUUCGUGUGCGAAGUGCAGGCAAUUUAAUGAACGGAGGGCGUUGAUUGACUGAGGCACAAACAAAUAAUGUAAUAAAUAAACAACAACAACAAAAACGACAAUUGCAAAGUUGUCAAAUGUUUGCAGUGGAGCUAAGCAUAAUAACUUAAGGAAAUAGCGUACUUUUUCGCGUGUGGGGCACCGCAAAUUCGUACGCAUAAUCACUAUAUUGCAAAAUUUACAUAAUUUCAUUUUACUUGAUGAUUGUGGUGAUUAGAGACACUUGUGACACGCACAAGCGGCUUAAGUAUGUACGCAUAACAAAACGGCAGCGUAAAGCACAAACACAGGCAUUAAUUUUACUUUGUGCAUAUUUCAAUAAGAAAAUUAUUUUUCAAAUCUUGAAGUUCUCUUAAUUUUUGAGAAUUCUUCAGUUAUAAUUUGUUUUUGCGCUUAAUUUGUGGCAAUUAAUUUAUUUUUUGUUUAUUUUUCCACUUGUAAUUUGAUUUUUAAUUUAAAAUUUUUUAAAACUUUUUUAAAAUAUCUAAGUUAUUCAAAUUAAACAUACUUUUUUAUUUUUUAAUAUAUUUUUAACAUUUUUUUUAUUUAAUUUUUAUCACUUUGGUAAUUUAUAGCGUUUUAUUUGAAUUUGAGUUUUAUUUAUUUUUAAAAUAUUUUAAAUUAAACAUUUCUUUUAAUAUUUCUUUUUUAAUAUUUUUUGUAUAUCUAAAUUUUUAAUACUUGUAAUUGUUUGCAUGCAUAAUUUUGCUCAAACAACUUAAUGCCGUGUCUUGCAAUCAGUCGCAUGCCACUUGCAUGGCCAAAAUAAAUUUUAAAUCAAAUAUUACGUAUACGCAGUGGUGGCCGCGUCUGUUUACCCUUCGCUGAUUGCCGUUAGUAUAUUUAUAACGUCUGAGACACACAACAGGUAUGUUGUAUUUGUAACUGAGUUUAAGAAUUCACGCAUUUAUGUAAGUGAUAAAGCCAUCGCUAUCAUUAUCAUGUUUAAUAAAUGCGUUGGCGCAGCAAAAGAAAAAUUUAUUACACAUACGCCGUGUAUACCCCACUCUCUUAUUUCAUUUCAAUUCGUUUAAAUGUAUUAAAAAAAAGCGAAAUAAUUUAAUUCUACUAAGAAACACUUAAUUAAUAUACAUUUACUGCCCUAGCAUUAUGUACAUACAUACACUAUUGUAUAAGUAAUGUAUAAAUUAUUAUUGUUUAGUUAGUGUCAUUUUAAAUUAUAUUGUAAUUAAGUGUAUUGUAUACCGUAAUGUAUCAAAUUUCUAUGCAUAAAGACUUAAGUGCGAACGAUACAAUAUAAAAUUAAGUAUCUAUAGCAAAAAAAUAAAAACAACAAAAUAAAUCACAACACAAUGAAGAUAAAAUAUAUGUAUAUCUAUAUGUAAAUGCGUUAAUAUAAGUCAUAAGAGAAUAAAUGAAAAAAAAAAAAACAAAUAAAUGUAAAUAAAAGCAAAGCAGUGAGUUUUUAUGUAUAACCACACUUUUCACUUUCAACUUUUCGCUUUCAUUUACUCC